UAGUUAGCGCAAGUUCCAACCCGGACUCAUUUUUUCUGACCUCAGGAAGUGAAGCAGUGUAACUGCACUUGCCGGAAGUGCGGUUUCUGCGUUCCAGUCUGAUAUUCAACUUUUCCGCCGCCCGUGAAGCUGGCAACAACAUGCUUCAGAUUCAGCCCCUCCAUUUGGCUGUAAAAAUACAUUAAUCAGAACUGCAUCUUCUGAACAAGACUGUUAAUAGAGACCAAUAUGCUUCACUUCAUCCAGCGAUUUUCUGGAGCAUCUUCAAAGAUGCUGAAGAACUCUUUUACCAUGAGAUGCAGAGCCAACAGAAUAGAUACACUCUCUUCCAAGACAUCUCUUCAGAACUUUUUCCCUUUGUAUCCAAGGACUUGGCUUUCCCCAUCAUUUCAAAUAUGUAUGAGGAAGAUGCAAUGCUAUCAUGCAUCACCAUGCAACUUUAAGAAGCAGCACAAGGAAGUAGUCCGUCCUGCCAGGCCACCAAGUACCAUCACUUUCCUACCUGAGAGUCCGAAGCCAGCAUUAUAUAUAACUCUGGCAGGGCUCAUCCCCUUUAUUGCUCCACCACUUAUCAUGGUCAUAACAAAGACUUAUUUCCCCAUUUUAGCUUUUGCUCAGAUGGCUUAUGGAGCCAGUUUCCUAAUUUUCUUGGGAGGGGUCAGAUGGGGCUUUGCUCUGCCAGAAAAUAGUCCAGCCAAACCAGACUACCUUAAUUUAGGUAGUAGUAUAGGUCCUAUUUUGUUUUCAUGGUCAGCUGUUCUCUUUUCUGAAAGACUCAAUGAAGCCAUAGUCAUGGUAAUAAUAGGUUUAGGGAUAUCAUUACACCUUGAACUUUUCCUUUUACCACAUUAUCCCAACUGGUUCAAAGCCUUGCGGAUAAUAAGCACUUUAGUGGCCUUUCUAUCAUUUAUAGUCACUUUAGUACUUAAAAAUAUUUAUCCAGAGAAAGGGCCCAAGAGACUUGAUCAAGUAGAAAUAUAAAAUUACUUUUUUGGAACUAAUGUACUGACUGUUAAGUCUUGAAAAAUUGCAUUUUAGCAUCAUUUUUUUUUUUUUUUAAAGACAGGGUCUCACUAUGUAUUCCCGACUAGCCUGAAAUUCAUUAUAUUCUAACUUUUUUUUUGGUGUUUUUGAGACAGGGUCUCCCUGAAG